GAUGACGGGCAGCGCGCGAGAGUUUGCCGGUGUUGUCGGUGGGAACGAGGCGCGCGUGUUCUCAGCUCUCGCCUAUUCGCCCUGGGGCACGGAGGGAAAAUUCCACAGCCCUGUGAAUACAUAUGAACGGAGAGAUUAACAACCAACCACCCACACACCCCCUAUUUGCAGCCAAAGCGAGUGUUUGGAUUUGGUGAGGCUUGCCUUGAAGUCCAGCGACUUGGAGGGUGGGUUCGUUGUGGACCGUCUGCAGGACCACGUGAUCAGCCCAAACACACAACAUGCCCAGCCAGGCGGCGCCCCAAGACCGCUAUCACCUCGUAUGGAUCAUCUUCUUCAUCCUGGGCCUUGGCUCACUGCUGCCAUGGAAUUUCUUUAUGACGGCCACCAUGUACUUCAAGGGCCGCCUGCAAGACAAGAAAGAGAACGUCACGGCCAGGAACAGCAACGGCAGCAAUGACAGCAUUUCUGGUGCACCUGCGUUGGAGAGCGAGCUGUCCAAGAACUUUGACAGCACCAUGACCAUAUGCUCCAUGGUGCCUCUGCUCAUCUUCUGCUGCCUCAACUCCAUGCUGCACACGCUGAUCCCGAUCAAGCUGCGCAUCGUGGGGGGGCUGGGUGGCAUCCUGAUGAUGUUCGUGCUCACGGGCAUUCUCGUGUGGGCCAGCUCCCUGUCGCCCAGCGCCUUUUUUGGCAUCACCAUGGUCACCGUGUUCCUCAUCAACUCGUUUGGCGCUGUGUUCCAGAGCAGCGUGUUUGGCCUUGUGGGACUGCUCCCCCCUGGCUACACGGCGCCCGUCAUGAGCGGGCAGGGCAUGUCCGGCAUCUUCACCGCCCUCGCCAUGAUCUUCUCCAUCCUCAGUGGCGCAGACUCUCGCUCGGCUGCGUUCUGGUAUUUCGUGACAGCGUGCGUUGUAACGGCCAUCGCCAUAUUUAGCUACCUCUGCCUGCCUCGUCUGAAAUUCGCCAGGUAUUACCUGGACAAAGACAACCACCCCACCACCACGGAUGACACAGAAAACAAAAAUGAACACAUCGCUAAUGGCGAUAGUAAAGUAGCAGGGCCCCAUCAGGCCUUCUUGAAUCUGAACAACAAGGGAGAAGAGCCUCCUAAGCCCGACAGCAUCUACAUCAUCUUCAGAAAGAUCUGGCCGAUGGCGCUGUGCGUGUGUUGCGUGUUCUGGUUCACUAUCGCUGUGUUCCCGGCGCUCACCGUGCGCGUCGCCACAUUCAGCACCCACAACAUGUGGAACAGCCUCUUCCUGCCCGUGUGCUGCUUCCUCACGUUUGGUGUGAGCGACUUCAUGGGCCGCAGCCUCACAGCUGUCGUCAUGUGGCCAGGGGAGCACAGCUGCUGGUUCCCGGUGCUGGUGGCGGCACGCCUGGUGUUCAUUCCGGCGUUCCUGCUGUGCAACGUGACCCCACACCCCUUUGGCAGCGCCCUGCUGGCGCACGACGUCGCCUUCUUCCUCGUCAUGCUGCUGUUCGGCAUGAGCAGCGGAUACCUGGCCUCGCUGGCCAUGAGCUAUGGCCCCAAGCAAGUGGAGGCCCACAAUGCGGAGACAGCCGGCUCGGUGAUGAUGUUCUUCCUGGCGCUGGGCCUUGCUUUGGGAGCAGCUACGUCGUUCAUCAUGAUACAAUGCCUGUGAGCUGCCAGUGCAGCACAUACGGCGGGAAUCGUCACGCCAGGCCUAACUGCUACACUGCCAUCCACCAAGCCAAUCGCACCCAUCACACUGCCGCGCACACACACGUUCCGCGUCAUGUGGUCCAUCACGGAAUAUUGUUAGAUUACAUCCUGUGGUAGCGAGAUGCGAAUUCAAUUUUGCCUGUUCGGAGGUCGUGGGUUUGAUCAUCGCCCUGUGACGCCUGUAUAUUUGGAGUCUGCGUGUCUCUCUCCCCAUGAUCCCGUGGAUUUUUCUCUGGGUCGUCCGGAUUUUCUCUCCACAUUUAGAAACAUGCGUUUAGAGAAUUUGACUGCUAUACAUUUCCACAUGAUGAUCCAUUUCGUUGAGUUAUCGUUUAUAAUAGCCAGGCCGCUUCUCAAUAAGAGCUCAGUGGGCCUUACCUGGUUAAAUAAAUAAAUAACACGUCAUGUUUGACUUUUGUUUCGUAUUUGCUACUGAAGGCCAGGAACUGGUUGGCUAUCAAUUGCUUUACUGCCUGAAAGCAGAACUGCAAUUUCGAUUUAAAGCUUUCGUGACUGCAGGGAUUCAAAUUCUUGGUUCUUUUGGUAAAGUAACGUAGAAGGGAAAUAAUAAAAUAAUAAAAAUAAAACUAUUAAAUUAUUACGACGUUUCGAUUGAAACACAAGCAAUCAUAUUCGUGAGAAUUUAAUUGUUUUAUUAUUAUUUUAUUAUUUCUCUUCUACGUGACUUUACCGAAAGAACCAAGAAUAGAACUGCAAUUACCAAUAUUUUAUAAUUGAGUUUUAUAAAUGCUUCCCUUGGCUCCCAUUCAAAUAUUUAUCUUAAAUGCCAUUCUCUGUAUUGUUUGAGACUCGAAGGACUUUUUUGGAGUCACGCGUUUGUCUCCAAUACCAUGCUGUGUCAAAUGUAAUCCAAACAGUGCAGUGAUAAUAGUUUAUCCAAUUACACAGCUCAUUAUGCUCUCUUCAAAAUCGCAAUUAGGAUUUUGAGUGACCUGCAGAUGUGUUUUUCUACUGGUGCUUUCAAAGUCAGAAAUUGCAGGUAAAAUCUGGCAUGCUCGUACCCCUUUCCACAUCCAGUAAUGAUUUAUCUUGUUGCAGCAAGUGCCCGUAAUUGAGUAGUGGCACGACUGUGGGCCAGAACCCAUGGGGGCACCCACCCCGACCGCCCCCAGCGCUCCACUCCUUAUGAGCGUGUCGGUAAACGCAGUUGCCUGCUUUACCGGAAGCUACACCACUGCCCCUUGUUCAAUGUUUUCUGACUCCAAAGUUAAUGCCAUUUGUCAAUAAGUUAAAUCCACCCAUCCCCCUUCUCCAAAACCAAAAGCAGCUGCAAAGGUUGUAUAUCCAAAGUUACCAAAUCGCCCAGGUAUAUAUUUUUUUGCAAUUUAUUUAUCAUACAUUUUUGCCCGCGUACCUUCAUCUCUUGUCGCCGUCUUUCUCAGUUGCAUGUGCGUAACUCCUGUGGAGGUCCGCUUGGCCCGUCAACUUUCAGGGGCUGAUAAAAUAAGGACCUCUUUGUGGGGUGUCGAUGUUGGCUGUCUCAUGAGAAGGAUUGGCCUCUGCCAUUUCAAUGUGGAAUUUCCACGUGGCUUCGAGGUGGCCCGUGGAACGGAGACCCUCCCAAAAUUUGUCAAACUUGUUUUUGAUGACAAAAUUUUAUGUGUAAUUGAGUUAUUUAUAUUUGUUCUGGUGGUUGUGUAAAUACAACCUUCAGAGGCUGCUUCUCUCUCAUGCAUCCAACAAUGCUGGAAACGCGCACACACCUGUGCCUCUUAAGUGGCCACAGAGUCAUCGCAUCCAAUGAGGUGUAAGUUUUCACCAAAGCCAUUUAUGUUCACGAUAAUUGACUAUGUGUGUGUAUACUGUAGUAAGCUUUGUGUUUUGUUUGUGAUAUAGUUUUGGUUAAACUAUUGUUAGGAUUAUUUAAAUGCGAGUUUAUUUUAUUUAGGGUUAUACGCCAGGUUGGUUUAACAUUUUUGUAGGAUGUAAUGUUUUGGUUUGGAGUGUUUUGACUACUGCCUGGAUGAGAAACACCGAGUGCUUUGAAACAGCUCCAGGAGACCAACUCCACAGGUUUUUAUUAGGUGAACACACCAGCAAUAGUUUGUAAUUCAGCCGGGCAACAUUGCGCAAAAGGACUCUUGUUUUCACAAUCGUUGUUUGUUAAGUUGAGCCUACAAACCUCCCGUAGCCCAGUAGAGUACCGAUGUGUGGGAAGUCUGCAGUGGAGUGUCAAUCGGAGGAAUUGGACCCCCCACCAUUUUUCAUGGGAAAUUCUCGCCCCGUGGCUUUGAUCACCCCCCCCCCCCCCAUGCUCAUUUCCACAGAUAAGCUUUAUUUAUUUAUUUACGUUCAACUUUACUCGAGUCCCAAGACCCAUUUCGGAAAAGGUGCUGCUCUGGGAUGAAUUGGGACGUUUCGUUUUUUAGCAUUGCACAUUUGGAAGGAAACUGGGAUGCACUGCAGAAAAUAGCAGUGAGUUGGAAAAAAAAUUCUACUAAUGUGACAGAAACAGCCUUCCAGCAAAAACAUGAGAUUUGGUCCCCAAAUUUCCGUGCCUUCAAUUUUAAUUCCCCACCGUCGUAACCCAUGCGGUUGUCCCUUAAACUCAGGUCUCCUGGAACUUAAGUUUCAAGCCACAAAGUAUCUUCUUGUUGCCUGCAGCUUGGUCUUUAGGGCAUGCGUGGCGUGUGGACAUUGUACCAGCAGUCCUAUUCUUUAGAUGGCCAGUAAAAGGGAAUUGAAAGUGAAUUGUCCAUUUUCUUCAUUUAACUGCGGAGUUAUGGACAUUCAUUUUCAUUGGCUAUCUAAAGACAUCGGUACUGCUUUGUCUUUUUUUGGUGAAAUCAAACUUAUAAUGCUAACAUUUGUUUUAGGUUUUUUUUUUGCAAAUGCUUGGAUAAAAAAAAAAUAUUUCAUGUAUAUGCUUGCAAGUUUAAAGUUUUCUGUAAAACUUAAUUUUUUGCAGGUAUAAAAUUUUAUACCAAGUGAAGAAAGUUUAAGCCUAAUAAAAACGCACCGCAUCAACUCGGCACGCGCAACUUGCAACGGCCACACCAACUGUUACAGAUGGUAGCAUCGAAUGUGUCGUGAUAUAAAUCGGCACUGAUAAAAAAUCUAUAUUUACGCUAAUGUGCGCGAGGCAGUGCCGUGUUUGGGAAGUGGCCCAGAGCAUAUUGGAUCGUUCACGAUUGCUGAACAGAUGCAACUUGUCAGUACCACUAACACGUGGCGUGGCGUUGGCGGUACUAGUGUUUUUAUAUGGCUAAUUAAACGUGAAUUUCAUGAUUUUUCUAUUAAAAAAAUAGCAGGGACGUCUCUUUAAUUGACUUGUGUUGGUCACUUUAAGACUUUUAAAAAGGUGAAUAUUUCUGCAGCACGGAUGACACCGAUUCUGAAACGUGUCAUGGACUCUGGAUCCCAGUCCGGUAAAACUGUGUCAUGUCUACGGUGUGUAUGGCUGGAUACCCUUGGAUGGGCUUCCCUUAAACGCUUGCUGUUCAACCAAAGACCCCCGUAACAGUAUUCAGCACCUGGGUGCCGCUUAACUUUCUUCACAAGGUGUGUUUUUGCCCCCCUGUCUGCGCUAAUUCAAUUUACAGGUCACAUACGUCAUAUCUGAACCUGUUUUGAGGCCUCUGCUACAUUGACAGCCUGAAAUGAGGACCUGAUACUGUGUGUAAAUGUCGAUAUUGGGGAAACAAAGGUGACCGGGUGUGAAGCUGACUGUGCUCCGCCUCGUGUACUGUGCCGUCCUUCGUACAUCAUAUCCAACAAAUUAUUGCUAUAGUCUCGAAGGGUAAAUGGCGAGGAAUCUUUUAUUUUCAUGUAAGUGUGCGGUGUGGGCACGUGUAUACCAGUACGAAAUCCCAAAUUCGCUGCCAAUUUCAUAACGCGCUCAGUAGCUCUGGCGAGUUAAAUUCUACCUUUGAAUCGCUGAAUGUGAGCAUCGCUGAGAUUUUGUGUUUGAAUCUCGAGCUCCCACCAGACAUUAAAACCAAGUGCUCCAUUGCAGCGAGCUGCUGGGGUCCAGCUCGACCAUCAACUGCGCAGAGAAAGCACACCACCUCAUUGGUUAUACGUUUGCUCAGCCCAACCGAGGACUAUAUCCAUGCGACAGGAAUGCCAAUCUUGCGGUUGCAGUGACACCCGCGCGUGGAAGGAACACCGAAUUUUGAAGUGGUUCCAUAAAAUCUUUCCAGGGUCCUUCUACCGAGCCGCCAUUGCUCGGCAUUAAUGUGUCGGGCGUUUCUCAAUGGGGUGGUUCUUCCCCUCGUACACCGACUGACGAUGAGAUCGCACAAUUAGUGAAAUCCAAAUAAUGUAUUCGGUGCUUCACAGGAAGCCAAAUCUACCAUGCCCCGUGCCAAAAGCAGACUUUCGAAAACGCCGAAACGGAAAAUUCCGUAUUGGUCAUAGUUUUGCUUGAUAAACGUAGUCUCAUUUUCUUAAUUCGGUGCAAAUUCACAAUUUUGAGGAAUUGGGGAUGAGCCCUUCUGAGCAGAUUAGUAGGAGUGUAACGCCACCUACUCAACAUCAGUAUAUAUGUGUGUGUGUGUGUGAGGAAAGUGCUUUUUUCACCUUGUACAGUCCGGAUGGUCAAACGAGAUUAUUCUAAUUAACAGGAAGGAAUUGCCUCCGAUAUCAUUGGCAUCAAAAAAACCACACAACCCACGGCACCUGUUCUUGAGAUGCCCUCGCCUGUUACUUUGUCCGAGGGAUCCCGAUGCAGUAUCUCGAUGGCUUGGGCGAUCCUCGUCUGUUGGGUCAGACUCCCGGUCCAGCCGUGCAGGGCAUUCCAUUGCUGCUUAUUGUCGCAUUUCAGAGUAUUGUUAAGGGAAUUUGUGUUUUUGAGGGUCCGUGGGAUUUGGUUGCAGAUUGAAGGCCGGCGUUCGCCAUCGGCUCUUGAGACUUAAGAACCAUUGAGGUUCCGUGAUACGAGCGGCAGGAUCGCACACGUGUGCUUUGUUGACUCGCACUCCACAUGAUGCGAGUAUUUUAACUCUCCUUGACAUGGAGUUCACGUUGUGGAUCCCGCAGUCGGUCUGCUUGGUGCCAGGGUUUGUGCCGAUGCCUCAUCUGGGACUCUCCCCCCUCCCCCCCGAUCAGGGGUCCAUGUCAACCGUGAGUUUGCGGCACUUGGACCCAGCCACCACGCAAAUUGUGACAGAUGUGAUUUGUGCCUGCGGGUUCACGUGCUUCAGGCAGUCAGGUGGGCUUGCAUGAGCGUGCGUUUGAGUCGCACAGUUUGUAAUUUGCUCAGGGACCAUGUAACGCAUGCAUUCGGGUCUCUUGGCACCAGGGCCGUAUGAAUCGUCUCGUUAAGUCCCAUUACUUUGGUCCAAGUAAACUAAAUCAGGGUCUCUCCAAACUCUGGGUUCGUGUGAUGUAAGGGGGUUGGAUUGCCGUGCCUCGGGAACCUUAUGAACAAUGUAUCCCAAACUCCGCAACCCAAGUUUUAAUUUAACGUGUACGUUAUGUUUGGUGUGGUACUCAGUUUGGGGACUAAUUAGCAUCUUGACAAAUGUAACUUUUCGUCUGAUUUUUUUUUUGUGAAAAUGUGCUGAUACCUCCCAUUGCAAAGAAACGGGUAAACGUCAGAGUGUUUGCUGUAAUCUGCGCCACGUCAAUAUGUGCGUAUCGUACUUAAUCUGCAUUGAACGGAGAUGAUUGAUACACGUGGGAACCUUCUCCAUGGAGGAUGUGAGCAAAUAGCUGGUGUUUGUAGGUGCAGGUUCGUGCACGCGUAAAGAGAGGUUACAUUUUCGGGCAGCCAGAAGUGCCAGCUCACCGUUGAUUCGCAAAUGAUAGGGAGGUAACGUGUAAUAAUUACCAACGCCAACCAUCAUUGCAGGAGGGAUUUUGAGCCUACACGUAAAGGCAUGAAUAGGCCACAUCUGGGCCUCUGCUAUCAUUCUGAUUGCACAAGGCCCCAAUCGCUUCAGGCCGCUUGCUGGGCACGAUCAUCCCGAUUUGUGAUACGGUGGACAAAGGCUUAAACUUGACCCAUAUGGCAAAGUGUCCGUGCAUCUGACCACACGUGGACCAUGUUGUGAUGUAAACAAUCGUACAACAGACCAGGUGACCGGGAGAAUUAUGCCGGCGACGUAUAAACUCCUGUGGUGAGUGUAGAAGGGACUUUAAUGCAAACGUCUCCCUCACCUUUAUCUGUGGGCUGAUUUAAAGUCGAGCGUUGAGUUAUGCUUCGGAAGUGAGAAUAUUGCUCAAAUGCCUUUCUGUCUUUAACUUAUUCAUCCAAAUGACGAGAUAUAUGCAAAACAAUGUCACUUGAAACGAAUCGGAAAUCACAAAUGCUUUGUACAUAUACGAUGUGUACGUUUUCAAAAAAAAUGCAAUGUCUUAAAAUGCGGAACUUCUAACCGUUGUUGGAAGAUGGCAAAUGGUGCGCAGUGACCGAGAAGGGUUUAAAUUGAUUCUUCAAAAUUUAAACGUGGUCCAAAAUGGCACGUUUUUACUUUUUUUAUAGCAGUAAGCCAGAGGAGGGUAAUUUAGGCCCUGCAGUUGUUGGACGGCAAUUUCUGAUGGACCACGUUGCGUUGUAAGCUUUUGUUUAAGUUGUAACAGAAUGGUAGUAGCACGGGGUACAGCUGAAGGGAAUCCACUGAAUGUGUGCCUCUGGCAAGUGGCAAACUCGUUCGGAGGUGGCUGCCAUCUGCCGAUACGUGCCAUCUGCUCAAGAGACCUGUCGGAGAUGCACUGAAUAAAUUGGGUUAAAAAAUGUAUGUAAGUCAACGUCAUGUACAAAAAGCAUAGGCCUUCCAGAGCAAGUAAUGCAAUAAGUCAGCAAAAAAUAUAGCAUUAAUCUGUAAGGAAUCGCUGUGUUCACAGUGAGUUUUUACUUAACCCGUUGAGACGGUAUCUGGUUGACUAUUGCACUAAAGAACCAUUGGCCCUGCGCAUUCCACUGCUGGAUGAGUUAUGUAGCAGUGGCACCUGAAUACCCAACAGCACAUUUAAAAUAGAACCGUUUUGCUCCACAUUCUCGAGACACGCACAUCUGGUCCGUGAGCUAAAUUUCAUAACUUGCCGUGGACGCCAAUGGCCUUUGUUACUUGGCCGAGCCGCUCAAAGACUGACCUCACUUAACUGAGAGCUGGGUCAGUAGAAACGAGCACCAUUAACGACAGGGGUUAGGAAAUCUGUUCAAUUACUGCUGGUCAUCCAAAUACCUUUUGGUGGGCCACAGAGUAACACAAGCACCUCAAUUGUCACUGCAAGAGGGCUUUUGCCAUGACUAAAAGUGACUUGAGGCCACCAAAAUUGCAAACUGUGCUGCCAGAUCAGAAAUAUUUCUGUCACAUGUACCUAAAAUAGCGUGCUUGCGAGAGAAGUGUCGGUUUGCAGGCCUUUCCAAGUGGUUGGAGCCCUCGUGUGCCCGUGGGCCGGGCCGUAUGAAAUGAAAACGUGGGGGUGGGGGGAGGGCUUGUUAGCUACCUUCUUCUCCACCCCUGAUGUACGAUGUUCAAUUCCAACAGCUAGCUCAGGGCCUCCGACAAAGAGAUACGCUCUUGUUUAGAACAUCGGGACAGUUUACCUGAUUUCAUUUAUGUAUUGGAAUUACGUUAAAUUAUCAUUUUUAAAAGGGAAAAUUAUAAUGCAAAGUAUUUAACUACAAUCAUAUCAUUAAGAAAGAACAUAUGCAUUUAGUGUUGAAGGCAUUAGCUGCUUAAAGCUGUAGCUUGGUAAUGAAUUAUUUCAACUAUCGCCGGUUUACAUAUGUUUAAAGUUGUAAUGAACAUAAUUUUAAUACGUGCAAGCGUAUUUAUAAAUCACACAGAUGUGUGUUUAGUUCACAAGUGUAGGUACUUCAUUUUAAAAUACGCAUCGGUUCUAUAUGCUGUGUACACGAGUAGAAGGCAGUUUAUCAACUUUAAAUUGGUCAACUCAACAUGAGAUUCUGUAAGCUUGCUGGAGCCGAAAGAGCAUUUCGCUCCCCGCCAUAAAGUUUCAAGUUCAAAAUCUUGGUUGAUGGUUUGUCUCCGCUCAUCGACAGUGUAUUAUUGAAUCUGAACCCUGGAAUGGUAAUGUAGAAGAAAAUCCACAACCGACUCGUUUAUAUUCAUUUUCCCAAUAUGAAAAGGAAUAUAAAUAAUCCCCAACACAUUUAACCACCCAUCUUGUAUUUACACAGUUUGUGGCGCAUAUUGUUGUUUUUAUAUAGAUGUUUCCAGUGUGUUGUUUGUAAAAAUGUUAAGUGUUUUUAUAGCUCCGUUGAUUCAGAACUGCAGUUAAAAACUAUAUUUUAUGACGAAUGGACUCCAUUUAUUGAUGCAUUUUCUCCUUAAAGUAAUGUGAUCCUCUUUAAAUUCAAUAUUUAAUUGCGCAGUUCAGCUGUUCUCAAACUCCAGUUUGGACACAACUACCGUGGUGCACGUUUCCAAAUCACGAUACGCCAACCCCAUGCCCCUGAAGUUUACAACGUGAAAGCGGUAGCCACGGAGAGAAAAAGAGUAUAGGUAAGCUGGUUAUACAUGACUCGAGUAGUAUGGGUUAUAUCAGCCUUAGCAAAGCGAAUGUCAAGGCUGAGCUGUUUGUGGACAAGGAAAGAUGAUAAAUGCGUUCAGGCUAUCCAUCAGCGGGCUUGACCAGCAUUUACUUGGAUAAUGUUGAUAUGGUGUGGAAAGGUUUGACCCUGGAGUUGGAUGUUAUGACGGGAGUCUUGAGAAGACUAAAUAUCUAAGGUUACAGCACCAAGCGCAAAGCAUAACUCGUUCAAGUGUCGCCAAGGACAUUGUUGCACGCUUUACACUGUUAACAACAAUACAUUACACGCUGCUUUUAGUUUUAAUGAAUUGCUGUUGUGUGUGUGCUUUGUUGGCAAAAGUCAUCUUUGUGACGGGCAGUCAUUUCCAUUUCAAAUCAUUCAGUGAAGACUGAGCGAGAAUCCUUGAUGCGAGUACUUGGAGUUUGGUCGUGGGUCGAUGAAGUAUGAGAGGCUGCUGUCAUCGAUUUUGUUCGCAUAAGGCUGUAUGGAGAAUGUCAAUCAGUGGUGGUUUAAUACCAUUGUAUACUUUACUGUAUUAACAAAAUUGUGGCUACUGGAAAGUAAGACAAGUUACGUGAACUUAAUUUUAAAAGGGAAAUUAUAUUGGAAGCGCCUGUAUCAUCGUUACCGGCAACCAUUCUAGAUUGCAAUGUUGGAUAACACGUUUUAUUAAUAUGGAGUAAAAACACAUUGCAUUUACAAUCUGGAAUUGCCAUGCAGCAACCACUGAUUUGGUAUUGUACCCUUUAAAGUGUGUGGUUGCUGACUUAGAAAUAAAUUGAAUUUUUUUUUAUUAAAGUUUGCAAAAAAUACAACAAUGUAUUGGUCAUUUGUAUUCAAUAUUACACUUACACGAGGUAAAAAAAAAUGGUUGCGUUAAGUAAAGAAGGCGCACUGUGUGCACGCCUCUGGUGCAUCAACUCCGUGAGUGAUCUUGAAAGUUUCUGCACAGCCCAACGUCAACGCGCUGCUGAUGAGAUGGUGCACGUGGAGUUUUGAGUGAAAUGCCUCGUCGUCGCAUCGUCCAUUUUUUUUUAAACUGCGUUUCACAAAAUAAAAUAAAAACCCUCUGGCGCAUUGUGUGAUCGUCAGCACGAAGGUUCGGCGCUGUUUUAGCAAUAAAAAUUGUUUCUCCUAAAA